AUGUCCUCAUCACCCUAUCGUACAAUUCGCGCACAGUACACAGAUACCACCAUCACGGUCUACCAGGCAUACUCGUCCGCCAUCGCAUCGCCCGCCCUCCUCGCUGGAAAGUUUGUCCCGCCAUUUAAACGUUCGCGGAUGACCUGGAUCAAGCCGUCGUUUCUCUGGAUGGCCUACCGCUCGGGCUGGGCGUCCAAACCCGGCCAAGAGCGUAUCCUCGCUAUUGAAAUCUCGCGCUCGGGCUUCGAGUGGGCGCUAUGCAACAGUUUCAUCAACCACAACAGCCCCGAUAAAUCGCUCUGUCACGAGCUUGAGCGCAAAAAGCACGAGAGCUGUGUGCGUAUCCAGUGGGAUCCAGAACGGGAUUUUGCGUUCAGACCGCUGCCGUUUAGAUCCAUUCAAGUUGGGCUGGGCGAGAAGGCAGUGGAUCGAUAUGUGGAUGAAUGGAUUGUGUCAAUUCGCGAUGUUACAGACCUAAUGGUCACUAUGGGGCAGCUUGUCCAUGCGGGGAAGAUCGACGAGGCGCGGGAUCUAUUGCCAGUCGAAAAAAUCUAUCCUUUAGAUGAAGAAAUCGCGAAGGCUGCAGGACUGUCAUGA